CAGACGGAUCCCCUCUCUCUCGCGUCCGUCCUACUCUGCCCUUCUCUUCCCCUCCCGCGCCGGAUCCAUGGCGAGGAGCUCCUAAAACCCGGUUCCUCUCUCUCUAUCUCUCUCUCGUUCGUCCUACUCUGCCCUUCUCUUCCCCUCCCGCGCCGGAUCCAUGGCGGGGAGCUCCUCCACGGCCGGGAUCCAUGGAGACGGCGCUGAAGGGGUCCUGAUCUGUGGAGACGGCGUCGGAGGGGGCCGGAUCCCUGGAGGCAUCGUCAAGCCCAUGCGCGACCACUCCAGAAGCUCCCACGCCCACCCCACCGUCAAGAUCCAAGACGAGAGCCACGCCAAGGUGAUGGAAAACCCUAAGGUCGCCGUCGCCAAAUCCAGGAGCUCCUCCCCCGCUACCGCCGGCCAAGUCAAGGGCAGCGGUAGCAACGUCCGGGAUGAGGUCGUGGAGGGUAAGAUCCAAAUGACAGACGAUGGGGUCGCCAUCGCCUCUGAGAGAUCCCCGGAUGACCUCAAGGACAACCGUGUCCGCGAGCCGUUUGACCCGGAGAGGGCCAAUCGCAACGCCCUCCUCCUCCUCUCCGUGUUGCUCGUGGUGGCCAUGCCGGUCGUGGCGUGGCGUUCACUCGGCCAGCCGCUGCUCCUUGUUUGGCGGCUCUCCCUCCUGGUAUGCUUCUGCUUUUCCAUCUGGACCCGCUUGCUUGAUGUCAACAUGCGCGCGCGGACCGUGUUCUUCUGCUCCUCCUUUGGCUUCGUGCUGGCCCUAUACGCCGACGCCGCGAAGGACCCCAGGAUCGGGAUGCUCAUCGCGUAUCUCAACUCUCACAUCGCCGUGGGCAUGAUGGGCUACGCACUCGCCGAGCGCCGGCAGCGUGACGGCACCGAGGUGUCCGCCGCCGCCGUCCCCAUCCUGUCCGACGAGCAGGCGGAGAGACUGCUCCACCUCCAGAUGCUCGGUGGCGCCUACCACGUUCUGCUCACGCUGGGGGUCGCGGCUUACGUGGCGUGGGUGCUGUGCCACAUGGCCGACUACCCUACAGAGCAACUCGUGAUGCACGUCUUCUUCCCACUCUCCGGCUUGCUCCUGUUCUGGAUUCCCUUCGUGGCCUCGAUGUUGCUGCAGGGUGCACUCAUGGCGGAGACAGAGCACAUAUUACUGAUCAUAUACCUGUUUUUCACCGUUUUGCUCUUCGCAUUGACCUCUGUGACGCUUGGGGACAUCUGGGCGAUGAUAAUCGCCUGGCUUGCUACUCUCGGCCUCUCUGGGUUCUUUGGUUACUGUCUGUGAAUAUAUGCUUCAUUCAAGCUGAGGGUGAAGCUAGAGCAGCUGCCAGUGAAACCGGAUGACAGCAAGGAGUCGACCCAGAAGCUAGAGGAGCUGCCAGUGAAGCCGGAUGAAAGCAAGGAGUCGCACCAGAAGCUAGAGGAGCUGCCAGUGAAGCAGGUUGAAAGCCAAGAGGAGUUGGCCCGAAGAUUGCUGCUGGAGAAAAACGAUCACGGCACCGAGAUUUCGCCCCCGGCAUCGACGCCAUCAUCAGCUACAGCUUCACCUCCCACAAACAAGGGUGGACUGCCGCAGGAGUCCGAUUGAAAGACGAAGAUUGCAGAAGCUGUGCCACUGGCCAGCAGGGCCGUCUCUAUGAAUUUGAGGACCUGGUGCGAAAUACAAAAUGAGGCUCUAAAAUUGAAAAAUUUAUAUAACUAAAACAUACUUUUACUUAAUUAUAUAACUUCAAUACAUAUUAUUUCUUACAAUAUUUAGGAAUAUAUCAAAUAUUAAUGGUAAAAGAGUAAAGUAGUACUCGGGCAAUAAACUGAUCUCAUGUUCUACUAAAAAGCAUCAUUCUUUUAGUAUUUCUUGAAAUGAAAUCUUCAAUUAUAUCUUCAUACUUAAUUUUCUCCAAAAUAUCAUUUUCAAGUGUUAUUGUCGUCAAUCCAUUAAGUCUUUCUUUGGUUAUAAUAGAACGUAAGUAGGAUUUUAACAACUUGAGUUUAGAAAAGCUUCUUUCCACAGAUGCAACAGUUACGGGAAUGGUUAACAAAUU